GUUUGACUUCCCGCUUCCCACCGUCCGUUUCCCUGCUCUGUGACCCAAGAUCGCCAUGUCGUCAACCGUCGGGCUCCGCAUAGCGCAAGCCAUAGGCUGCACAGGAGCAGCAUGGCUCUCCGGAAACAUCGCAGUCUUCAGCAUAAAUGUCAUCCCAUCCCUCCUUCGCUCCCGAACAGAGACAAACAUAUCCAUGGCAGCUCUGGCCAAGCAAUGGCGAGAGAUCUACGAAUCUGGCAAACGCCAGAACCCUCCUAUUGCAUUUCUCACUGCGGCAUCCUUCAUCUACCUCGCUGUGGUCUCCUCCCGCAACAAAUUGUCGCCCCUCCUGGUGUUCGGCGCACCGUACAGCCGCGCAGGUUUCUAUGCUUCGGCCGCACUCCUAACACUGGGCAUUAUGCCGUUUACCUUUGUUGCCAUGACGUCAACGAAUGAUGCGCUCAUCCGCGUGUCCGACACCCCGAGCCAAGGGGCAUCAGCAGGGGCAGCGGCGACUGAUCCCGAGAUUGAGAAGCACCUGCGGGAUUGGGUAUCAUCCAACCGGACGAGGAGUUUGUUCCCGCUUAUUGCCAGUCUGACCGGGAUUGCGGCUGCGUUGCUGUAGUAGCAGGGACAGUCUGCUUUGAUGGUUGCCCUGGUUUUUAUUGUUGAUGUGCUGUGAGGAUGUUGGAGGAGUGUAUUUAAAUGCUGUUAGGUCUAAAGUAUCAUCUCCUCUCGUAACCAUAUUCUGUGUUUCGCUGCAACAGGAAGCUGGAUCUUUUCAUGGGAAGAUCGAUCACUUAAGCUUCCUGGUCUAUAAUUUCCCCAAGUUAUUUUUGCCUUUUAUCUUGAUAUAUAUAUUGUUCCCCAGGCGCGUUAAACGCCAAGAAUGCCAGCCACAGUAAUCAAGUUGCUUUGACACAAG